AUGGACUUCGGUGUCGUGAUUGGAAGUGCUCCUAUUUCUAGGGAACUGUUCCCAACAGAUUGCUCUGAUGUCUACGCUAACAGACAAACACUAAGUGGAGUGUACACAAUUUACCCUACAGCAGAGACACCUGUCCAGGUGUACUGUGACAUGGGAUGUGGAGAAAGUCAAGCUGAAGAUGGGAAAUGGACCGUGUUUCAGAGGAGAAUGGAUGGCAGUGUAAAUUUCUACAGACCAUGGGAGCACUACAAGGAAGGGUUUGGGAACAAAUAUGGAGAAUACUGGCUGGGACUGGAGAAUCUCUACCAGCUCACAAACAAGAGACAAUAUGAGCUGAAAGUGGACCUGAAGGACUUUGACGGAGGGUCUGUUCAUGCUCAAUACUCUUAUUUCUCUGUGGGAUCUGAAGCUGAUGGCUACAAACUUCAUGUUAGUGGUUUCAUCAAUGGAGGUGGAGGUGAGAGAGAAUAA